CCAAAGCCUCUCCAUUUCUCCAAUCUCUCUCUCACAGACCCCCUUGUUUUAAGCCCUUCCACUGUCCCCCAACAACCUCUGUUCUUUUUAUAUACACACUCAUAAACAUAAGCAGAGGCACAAGCACGCAGUUUGUCUGUUUGUUUGUCUCUUUUUUCUCUCUCGAGCAAUAACACAAACACAGAGAGAGUCUUCCUUGUUAUUUGUUCAUGGCCGAGGAACAGUACCAAAAGCCAGCGACGGAGGAGGUCGUGGUGGAGACAUCAACCACGGAGAAAGAGCCGCCGGUUCCGGAACCGGAGCCGGAGGCGGGGAAGCCGGGUCCGGUUCAGGAAGUGGUAGAGGAGCCGGAGAAGCCCAAGGCCGAGGAGGUGAAGAUUACCGAAUCGGUGUCUUUCAAGGAAGAGAGUUACGUGGUUGGGGAGCUCCCGGAGGCGCAAAGGAAGGCGCUUGAGGAGCUGAGGCAACUCGUCCAAGAGGCCCUCAACAAGCACGAAUUCACGGCUCCUCCUCCGCCGCCCAAGGAAGAAGAGAAGAAGGAGGAGAAGAAGCAGGAGGAAGAAGAAAAGGCUCCUCCUAAAGUUGAUGGUGUCUGUAUGGGGGUGCUGUCGUGCGAAGUGGAUCGUGUGUCGUGCCGAUGGUGGGGUUGUGCUCAAAACCAUGUGGUGGGGUGUCCGAGGUGGUUUGGUGUUGUGCUAGGCGUGGAAGGAGCCACCAAGUGGUGGAGCGGCAUGAGGGGAAGCCAAUAA